CUCCCGAAACAUUCCCGUAACCAUCGCGCCUAUUAAAAUCCCAACGAAACCAACCCAACCUCCCGUUUGACUCCAAAAAUCACAGACUUAGUUAAACUAAUGAGUGAGGCACUGCAGCGAGACUACCAGCUGUGCGAGGAGCUCGGCCGUGGACGAUUCGGCGUCGUUUUCAAAGCCCAGAGGAACGGCGACGUUUUCGCCGUCAAAUCGAUCGACAAGCGAAUCGCCGACUCAGGCGACUCGCUCGAUGCCCAAUGUCUGUUGACGGAGCCGAAGAUUUUGAAGCUUUUGGCCUCGCACCCCAACGUCAUCAACCUCCACGACCUCUACGAAGACGACGACCACCUCCACAUGGUCCUCGACCUCUGCGAUGCGCCCGAUCUCUACCGCCGAGUCACUCUCGGAGUCUUCUCCGAGCCCGAGGCCGCCUCGGUCAUGGCUCAGCUCAUGCUCGCCGUCGCGCACUGCCACCGCCUCGGCGUGGCUCACCGGGACAUCAAGCCCGACAACAUCUUGUUCGACGGUCGGGACCGGCUCCGGCUCGCCGAUUUCGGAUCGGCCGAGACGUUCGGGGAUGGCGAGACGAUGAGCGGCCUUGUCGGAACGCCGUACUACGUGGCGCCGGAAUUGGUGGCGGGAAGGGAGUACGGGGAGAAGGUCGACGUUUGGAGCUCCGGUGUUGUUCUGUACAUAAUGCUGGCCGGUUUCCCUCCAUUUUACGGCGAAACGGCAGCAGAGAUCUUCGAGGCGGUGCUCAGAGCGAACUUGAGAUUUCCUUCGAGGGUUUUCAACGGCGUCUCGGCGUCCGUCAAAGAUUUGUUGAGGCGGAUGCUGUGUAAGGACGUUUCCAGAAGGUUCUCGGCUGAGCAAGUUCUCAGACAUCCAUGGAUUACAAGCGGGGGAGGGGCCAGAGCUGGGGCUGAUUAAGCGUGAAGCAUCUAAUUAAGCCUCCUUAUAAAUAGAUUUUGUAAAAGCUUGGUGCUAGCUACUGUACAUAUGCGCAAUGGUGUCGGGGAAAAUGAAAGCAUUUGUAGUUGCUUUCCCGGAAAAGAAAAAAGGAAAAAAGCGAGUUUUUUUUGUUUUUUGUUUGUUUUUUUCUCUGCGCUUGAUAUAUAUUGGAGUGUUUUUUUCUUCUUUUUUGUUUGGUUGUUUUUAAUUUUAAUAUGGUGGUGGUAUGUGUAAUGAGAGCUUUGGAGUUGAGUUU